AUGUAUCUCUGCAAACGUGUCCGGGAAUUAUUUGCCGUACUUCUCGUCAUUGAAUAUUCACUGUGUGACGAGAAUGAACCGAGAUGUUACAGCCGGUUUGACUACGACGAGAAAAUGUUGGAAAAAAUGGUGAAAACUGAAAUCAAGAUGGAAGAAAUUCUCGCUAAAUUAGAAGUGCUGGAAAAAAGACAAACCAACGUUGAAACUGAGGUGGACAAUUCCGUAAAGGAAACACACGGUCUGGCAAAAAAACACGACGAUUUGAAAACCGAACUGGACAAUUCAAAGGCUGCCGUGGAAACAUUCGAAAACAUGACAAAAUCUGAUAUUGACGGUCUGCGCAAAUCAAUCGAGAUGAAAGUUCAGCGUCUAGACGCUAUGUUCACAAAUAGUACAGAGAGUAAGCUUCAAGCACCCAUAGCCUUCUUUGCCAGAGUUUCGUCAAGCUUCACAUCAUCCAGGGGCCAGACGAUAGUGUUCGACUCCGUGGUCACAGACGUUGGCGGCGGCUACAACCCGGAGACAGGUGUGUUCACCGCCCCGGCCGAAGGUCUCUAUGUCUUCUCCAUCACUGUCAUGGUUCAAAUGUCCUCGUCGGGGUCUUCAGCUUAUUUUUCUUUAAAGAAGAACGACAUUCCUGUUAUGUGGCUUUAUGCAAACGACAAGGACAGUGUUUACGAGACGCCUUCGGGAACUGGCCUUCUCUUUCUCCAGGUUGGAGACACAGUUCGUCUUACAACUCAAAAUAGUGGACGGCAUAUUUAUGGCUCAUACUCUUUCUUCUCUGGUUUCAAGAUGUAGUUGUUUAGAAACAUACAUUU